CGGUGCAACGCCGGCGAAUCGACCCUCGGUAGGACAGGACCCCGCUGGCGGGCGUAGCGUUGGGUCCAGAACUGGAGGCCUGAGUCGGGUGGCAUUCUGGAGUGAGGCAGCGGGCUCUGCGACCCUGCGAGAUUAAGAAUUGUAGACAAAGCCCGGGACCCCUUUGCUUCUUGUUUGAGAGCUUCAGAAAACCAUCUACUCAAGACUCCCAUUAAUUGUCUGGCAUUCCUAUAGCAGAUGGAGGGGGCAGAAGGCAACGCGGGGCAGCCCGGCCCUGCGGAGCGGUCCCACCGAAGCAGUGUCUCUUCAGUGGGUGCCAGAGCAGCUGAUGUACUGGUGUACCUGGCUGAUGACACAGUAGUGCCCCUGGCCGUGGAGAACCUGUCCUCGAUCAGUGCCCAUGAGCUGCACCGUGCAGUCCGUGAAGUCCUGCAGCUCCCAGACAUGGCCCUGGAGGCCUUUGCACUCUGGCUUGUGUCCCCUCUGCUGGAGGUACAGUUGAAACCUAAGCACCAGCCCUACAAACUGGGCCGCCAGUGGCCAGAGCUACUGCUGCGCUUCACCGAUGCUUCGGAUGAUGAUGUAGCCAUGGAUGAGCCUUCCCUUCAGUUCCGAAGGAAUGUGUUUUUCCCAAAGCGCCGAGAGCUGCAGAUCCACGAUGAGGAGGUCUUGAGGCUGCUCUAUGAGGAAGCCAAGGGCAAUGUGCUGACCGCUCGGUACCCUUGUGACUUGGAGGACUGUGAGGUGCUGGGUGCCCUCGUGUGCCGUGUGCAGCUUGGGCCCUACCAGCCUGGCCAGCCUGCUGCCUGCACUCUGAGAGAGAAGUUGGACUCCUUUCUCCCUGCCCACCUCUGCAAGCGAGGCCACGGCCUCUUUGCUGCCUUCCGGAGCCGUGGGGCCAAGACUGGGCCAGGUGAGCAAGGCCUGCUGAAUGCCUACCGCCAGGUAAAGGAAAUGACAGGUGGUGACAGUGAGCGAGAGACCACCUUGGGCUCCCAUUAUCGCGCGUACCUCCUCAAGUGCCAUGAGCUGCCCUUCUACGGGUGUGCCUUCUUCCAUGGUGAAGUUGACAAGCCAGCCCAGGGCUUCUUGCAUCGGGGUGGGCGCAAACCAGUGACUGUGGCCAUCAGUCUGGAGGGUGUGCAUGUCAUUGACAACAGGGAGAAGUAUGUGCUGCUGGGUCUGCGCUUUCAGGAGCUGUCCUGGGAUCACACUUCUCCUGAGGAGGAAGAGCCUGUCCUGUGGCUGGAGUUUGAUGGUGACAGUGAGGGCACGCCUGUCAACAAGCUCCUGAGGAUCUACUCCAAGCAGGCUGAGCUGAUGAGCAGCCUCAUUGAGUACUGCAUUGAGCUGAGCCAGGCCGCUGAGCCGACACUCCCCCAGGAGAGCGCAUCCGUCCUGCAUGAAGCUCCCAGCCCCUCUCCACCUCCCACUCAGCGCCCUAAGCUGCGAAGGCAGGGUAGUGUGGUGUGUAGCCGGAUUCAGCAUCUCUCCACCAUUGACUAUGUGGAAGAUGGCAAGGGGAUCAAGCGGGUAAAACCAAAGCGAACCACCUCCUUCUUCAGCCGACAGCUCUCCUCCAGCCAGGGAAGCUACACAGUGGUGCAGCCCACUGACGACAGCCUGGAGCAGAGCUGAGGGAAGCCACAGCUGGCAGCAGGAGGACAUCGGGUGCCCUAGACAUGACCAGUCACAGUCCUAGGCAGGACCAGGCCAUUCUAGUCUCAGAGGCUGUGGGCCUGGGCAGGGUGCUGUGCGGAAUCUGCUGCAGUUUCAUCGUGGAAAAGUGACAUCCAAGCCUUCCCUGAGCCCUUUCUGUGGCCUGCCUCUUCCCUCAAGUCCAGGCCCAACAGCUGACUGAGACCCAGCUACCCCUCCUGCUCUUCCCCAAGUGGACUGUGUCUUCUCUCUGGAGGAACUGCUGGCUGUUCCGAUGGCAGGUGAUUGAAAUCAGAGCCCAGGACCUGCAAGUUCAGUGUUUGCCUUUGGUCAUGGGCCCUUGGUGACCUUAUCUUGCAUUCCUUCUGCUGACAUUCCACCAUGCUGGCCAACCAGGCUGCCACGUUUUCCCCUAAGUUAUGUUGGAACUGGAGGGUGCCUCUGCAGGCUAACCCUAAGUUGACGACUUGAUGGCUGUCUUCUCGUUGGCCUUUACUGAUGUCUCUGUGCUGAAUGGUGGCUCUUCUAGGAACCAGAUCCAGACUGCACACAAGAAAAGCCCGUACAUGUCCCUGGGCUGGAGUGGCUGUCCUAUACUGGCCAGUUGCCUUGUUUUCCUGUGAUCUGGGUCUCAGGGUUAGGUUUUGCCUUGUUUCCUCUGAGCUGAUAAAGCCUGGGACCUGACAACUCAGAGUUGCACUGCACUGUGGGAUUCCCUGAGGCUAGUAGCCACAGUGGCUCAAGCCACCUCUCUUAAGGAUAUUGUCAAGGAGCCAGUCCCCAGCUCUGCACCCCUGAAAGGAGCUAGUCCAGGGAGGAGUGCUGUCCAGGCCCUUAAGCCUUCAGUACUCCCUGGGAACCCCCACAGGGCCCCAGAGACAUAGCUUAGCUUUGUUGUCUUCUCGGUGGAAAGCCACAGAAAUGCAAACCCUCACAUUUUGGUAAGGGAAGCAGUUUGCUCAGUGAGCUCCAGAAGUCUCAGCAGCAGAGAAAACGAAAAGACUGACAUCAGCUAUUGCACUGUCUGUAAAAUGAUGUCACCUGCCGCUUGUAGUUAACCUUUCUGGAGUCAUGUGUUCCCUGAGCUACCAGCCCACUCAUGGAGACCUUCUGAUCAUCUUGACUGACUGCUGUUGAUGGCUUCAGAUCAUUACCUGAGGGGCCCAGACGUGUGUGCAUGGGUACACAAACUCUGCAUUUCCACUUGAGCCUUUGAGUUUUUUAAUUACCACGUGUGCCUUAACUUUAGGACAGAGCACUGUUUUACUAGAUGUCUUUCCUAUCAUUGGACUUAAUAAAAUCAUCACCUGGCACGA